AUGCGUUCCUCCCGACAUACUCUCGAUCGUUCCUCGAUCAUCGACGAUAAUAUCGACCCAGCCCCAGCCUCCUCCUCCGUCCCAACGUCUUGUCACGGUCGACCACCCCUUACGGAAGACACAACAACUCUGGGAAGUAUUGCAAGACUUUCCCAGCUCUCAGCCGAUCAAGAUACACCGGAGAUACGUUGUUUAAAGACGGGCAAAAUGAUCAACCGGAGAGCCUUCGAUCAUCCAGUUGUUAUUUUAGCGAUAUCAAAACACGGCGACAAUAAACCCAGUGCUCUUUGCUGCCAGAUAUCCAGCAAUCGGAAUCCAUUGGCAGAGGAGGCGGCAAGUUUCCUCCCCAUUUCAACGGUCACACUGGGAGGAGACUAUCAUCGUGUCCCAGAGAUGAGGAAGGAUAUGAUAUUGGAAGACAAACCAAUGGCAAAACACUUCUUUGACUUCCCUCUCUCCCUCCUCUCAAGAUGGGAUUAUUCAGAAGAUAUGUUCUCAACUCGUCUUUGCUUUUCAUCCUUCAAUGUCUUAUUGAAGUCUCUUGGACUUCAUAAGUGGGAGCAUAGACAAGAGUUCAUUCCCACACCAGAGAUCAUCGCUGGUGAAAAGGACGAGAUUUUGCCAGUAGAUUUUGCCACAAGUCUGCCCAUUAAAUUCUUUCCACUUCAACGGUCACUCAAUCAACAUCUUAAAUAUUUCAUCACAGAGCUGGGUUCCUCAUCUCCUCAUCUUCUCAACCCAACACAGCAAUACGCUUCGGCCCAUUGA